CUGACAUUUUUUUUUGCUUGAAGUAAUCUGAUAUCUUACCACUAACAUUAGAAGUGUCAAUGUACCUGCUCUAUAAAUGGUUAAUAGACUGUCUGAGGCCCUAACCUACACAUUCAGAGUUUCUUUCUUGUAUGGGUAAAUCCCAAGACUCUAGUAAGAAUGUGUUAAUAAUUAUUGUCAUUAAUAAACCCCUACAUCAGCUCAUUUCAAGCGACCAAAGGUCCAGUAGACUUGCUUCUCUGUCAUCCCCCUUUUUUUUUUUUACCAAGACAACCUCCUUCCCAUUAGAAGUACGGCUCCUUAAACUGUGUCAUUGUUGUUCACUGGGCACACUGGGGAUUAUUGUAUUGUGUGAACUUGGUAAACACUCCUAGUACAUGAUGUCCGCCACAAUCAUGCCAACAACUUCACCUGGGGCCACAGACAAGGCGACCAUUAACAAUCCAGCAGAUAUCGCUGUCAUUAUAGGCUACUUUGUCAUGGUUAUUGGAGUCGGUGUUUGGUCUAUGUUCAGGACAAAUCGCGGAACAGUGGGUGGCUACUUUCUUGCCGGACGCACCAUGGUGUGGUGGCCGGUCGGUGCCUCAUUAUUUGCCAGCAACAUUGGCAGUGGGCACUUUGUUGGCCUUGCUGGAACAGGGGCAGCCAGUGGAAUAGCAGUUGGGAGCUUUGAAUGGAACGCUAUAUUUAUUGUGCUGCUUCUGGGGUGGCUGUUUGUCCCUGUCUACUUGACAGCUGGGGUAAUCACUAUGCCACAGUACCUGAAGAAGAGGUUUGGAGGAUCCAGAAUCAGUUUAUAUCUCUCCAUCAUCUCCCUGUUCCUCUAUAUCUUCACUAAAAUAAGUGUGGACAUGUUUUCUGGGGCCGUCUUCAUCCAGCAGGCUCUGGGGUGGAACAUCUACGUGGCAGUGAUAGCGCUCCUCAGCAUCACAGCCCUCUAUACUGUCACAGGUGGCCUGGCUGCUCUGAUGUACACAGACACUGUGCAGACCUUCGUCAUAAUUGCCGGCGCCUUUGUCCUCAUGGGUUUCUCCUUCCACGAAGUGGGGGGAUACAACGCAUUGCUGGAGAAGUACAGCUUAGCCAUACCUUCCCUCACAGAAUCCAUGGACCCUAUGCGCUACAAUAUUUCAGAGCAGUGCUACACCCCCCGUGCAGACGCCUUCAACCUCCUCCGAGACCCGGUCUCAGGUGAUCUCCCCUGGCCUGGAGUUCUGCUGGGCAUCGCUAUCAAUGGAGGCUGGUACUGGUGCACAGACCAGGUUAUUGUGCAGCGCUGUUUGGCAGCUAAAAACUUGUCACAUGUGAAGGCAGGCUGCAUCAUGUGUGGCUACCUCAAACUCUUCCCCAUGUUCCUCAUGGUGUUCCCUGGCAUGAUCAGCCGAGUGCUGUACCCAGAUGAGGUGGGCUGUGUGGUGCCUGAGGUCUGUAAGCAGGUGUGUGGGACUGAGGUGGGAUGCUCCAACAUAGCGUACCCCAAACUGGUGGUCUCCAUCAUGCCUGACGGUCUGAGAGGCCUGAUGCUGGCGGUGAUGCUGGCUGCUCUGAUGAGCUCGCUGGCCUCCAUCUUCAACAGUAGCAGCACCCUCUUCACCAUGGACAUCUGGACACGCCUGCGGCCACAGGCCAGGGACCGAGAGCUCAUGAUAGUGGGCAGAGUUUGGGUCCUCUGCAUCGUGGCUAUAAGCAUCUGCUGGAUCCCAGUGGUGCAGGCUGCCCAGAGCGGUCAGCUGUUUGACUACAUCCAAUCAGUGACGAGCUACCUUGCUCCUCCCAUUGCUGCUGUCUUCCUCCUGGCUGUGUUUGUCAAGAGAGUCACAGAGCCUGGGGCUUUCUGGGGCUUGAUGGGCGGGCUGGCCAUGGGCCUGGCUCGUUUGGGGGCCGAGUUCGCUUUCGGCACGGGGAGCUGCGUGUUCCCCUCGUCCUGCCCCACCGUGGUGUGUGGAGUCCACUACCUCUACUUCUCCAUCAUCCAGUUCUUCUGCACCGGCCUCCUGGCUCUCUUUGUCAGCUACAACACCCCACCCAUAGAGGACACGCAUCUUCACCGGCUGGUCUUCAGCCUCCGGUUCUCCAAAGAGGAAAGGCUUGAUUUGGACAGGGUGGAAGAGGAGAAGGCUCGGAACGCCCGCAGAAAGGCAGAGCAGAAGACCAAAGCCAUCGUUGAGAACGAGUCGGUGGACAAUCCCCCUGACACUCAGUCUGGGCUCUGUCGUCUCAUUGGCUGGUUCUGUGGAGUGGGCGGCACCCAAGCUCCAGAGCCCACUGAGGAGGAGGUUACCGAGGCGUCCAAGCAAAUACCGGACAUCAGAGAAGACCCUGUCUGGCGGAAUGUAGUAGAUGCCAAUGCCCUAGUCAUGAUGACUGUAGCUAUUUUUUUCUGGGGUUACUAUGCAUGAGGGGCUGUGGUGUGCAUGUGUGGCGUAAUACAUCAAAUCAAAUGAAAUCUUAAGUCACCCAUUAAGUACUGUUCAUGUAAACUGAAAAACACAAAUGAAUCAAUAUGCUAGGUACUAUAUUAAUAAAGGAUUAAAUAGGGCGUCACACUAUAACAUGCAGAGUGUGUGUUAGCAAAAUAAAGUUAAAACACUCUCUUGAGCAAGUCUUGACCUUUUGUUCAUUUAAGUAGUUAGGUAGAAGCGGUUAGUUAGAAAAAAAAAGCUGAAGGUGCAUUUUGCAGAGUUAGCUGACUGACAGUUUCUAUACAGUUUGUUGAGUAUUUGUUAAAAAACUAUGUUACACUCAUCUUGGCUGUAGACAUAAACUGAUACCAUACCACUGCAUGAGAUCCCAGACAGUGUAAAACAUAGCCAUGGAAAAUGAUAGCAGCAAUGGAGUUUUCACGUUCCAAGGACUUAAACUAGCUCUCAAACAUGACAUAUUUAACCUUCUCGAGUCAAACCGUGAAUUCAAUUUGAAAAAUGUAUUAGUUGAGUAUGUAUAGGUUCUCACACUGACCUACUGUAAGGCAGGUCUAAGAUUAGAAACAUGUUCCUAAAAUCAAGCAACACAAGAAACUCCUGGCUGCCUGAGGAUCUACUCUUUUCAUUUUUUCACAAGAUUCAUAAACAUGCAUGGUAGAAAAUCCAUUCUAGUGGAAAAGUAGACAACAGCAUAAAUCUGGAACAUUCCUGCACUGGUUUUAGCGUUCAGUAUUCAUUCAGCCUGAUGUAUUGAUAUUCUGUUUACCACCGACUCCAUUUACCUACCAUAUAAUCAGUUAGGAAAGUGACUGACACAGAAGCAACUGCAACGAUUCCCUGUCCCCUUAAAU